UGUGCAUGGAAUCUAGAAAGAAGUUGAGAGAGAAAAGGGAUAUUCUACUUAUAAGGAAUAAGAUGCAGGUUAACUUGAAUUCAAAGGAUUUGUGGGUUACAUGAGGGACAAAAGAAUAGAUUAUGUUGAUGGAGUGAGAUAUGAAGCAAGGGAGGUUCAUGAGCAACAUAAAAACCUGCUGAAUCAAAUGGUCUGUUCUUUUGCUUUUAAUUUUUUUUAUAGAAUUGCUAAAUUGAGCUCAGUCCUUUUUUAUUACUUCUCCCAGGUUACGUGGUUCGGGAGGGUAAGCCAGUGGCAAUACAAUGUCAGGAUAAUUCCAACUUGACAAUCAUUGCUCUUUUUUCCAUAUGUUUGAGGGUUGCCUGGUCGCUUUCAAAAGGGAACUGAACAAAGCAUCAUACUCUCACACACUGGGGUAGGGACAGAAUGAGCAGUGUGGUUUCUGGGCUUGUAUGGUAUAACAUUAGCAACAUCCUUCUCACGCCUUCUGAGCCAGAAGAAGCCACAAGUUAAACACAUUUCAUGCCACCCAAUUCAGUAAUUUUACACUUUGCGAAAUUAAUGAAAUUUAGGGGUGGUCCCUAAAAUCUGAAUGCAGCCUCAUGGUGACUGCAAAUGGCUAUUAUUAUUUUAUAAGCAAUUAAUCGAGUUUUAAAUAAAAUGCUCGUGUAUUUGAGGAGAGAAACAUCCCAGUGCUGUGCUGACAGCCGCUGAAUUUGUGGGCUUAAUUAUUAAUAACAACCUUUCUACCAUCCACCUACCUCAGCCUUGCAGUCCCUCCGUGUCACACCCUUAUCCCUCCUGCCGCUCAGUGGUUCCUCCUGUUACUAUGGCAGCAGCGGAGAUUCGUUCCUAUCCGCUUGGCAACAGAGAGGCGGAACAGUUCUACUUGCGCGCCCGCUUCCGGUGAAAUAAUCUUGUGUUUCAUGGAUUUCUUAUUUUUAAGAUGAGAAGGAGGAAGGGUUUUUUUUGGUUCAAAUGUGGUUGUUGGCCACAUGCUUGAGUGUGACCUGCGUUAUUUCAAUUUUCCUCUUAAUAAGUGCAUUAUUUCCUGUUUAUUAACUUAGUUGUACAGAAACCCCUGCAAAAACAUAUACGCAAAAUUAGGUCACAAGAAUUUACAUCAAGUCUACAAAGAGGCCAUUUGGCCCAUCUGGUCCAAGCUGGUGUUUAUGCUUCACAGGACUCUCCUCCCAACUCUCUUCAUUAAACCCUAUUCCCACCAUUCUCUGGAUAAAAUUUUUUUACCUGAAUUCCCUGUUGGAUUUAUUAGUAUCUUAUAAUGACCGUCAGUUCUGGUCUCACCCACAAGGGAUAUUGUUGCUGGUUUAAAUCAAAAAUCGAGCUAAAAGUCAUUCUUGUCUACACAAUUUAAAUUAUUUCAUGUUGCUAUCUUGGUUCAGUUGAUAGUACUUUUGCCGCCGAAUAUAAGUGUUAAGCCUCACCAAUUAUCCUUCAUUUAAGCUGAUGCAAUACUGAGGGAGUGCUGUACUGUCAGAGGGGCUGCCCUCAGAGAUCACUGAGUCCCCAUCUAGUUAAUCACUUGGAUGAAUAGAUCACAAACAUUUAGAUCAAGUCUACAGAAACAAGCCAUUCAACCCAACUGGCCCAUGCAGGUGUUUAUGCUCCACAGGAAUCUCCUCUCAACUCACUUCAUUAAACCCCAUCAGUAUAUUCAUCUAUUUUCUUCGCCCUCAUGUUUAUCUUGCUUCCUCUUAAAUGCACCUAUGUAAUUUCCUCUAACAUUGGGAAGACUGAAGAUCUUGUCUUUGGUCCAUGCCACAAACUUCUUACCCUCUCCACCAAUUCCAUCCCCCUCACUGGCCAAUUCUCAGGCUAAACUACUGUUAGUAAUCUUGACUCUGAGCUGAGCUUUCAAACUCAUAUUUCUCCAUCAUAAAGGCUGCCCACAUCCACCUCUGUAAUAUCAGCCACCUUCACUCCUACCUCUGUUCAUUAACUAAAGCUCUAACUAAUGCCAUUGGCAGCCUCCAGACUUGAGAAUUCCAAUGCUCUCCAGACCAAACCUCACACCGUCCACCUUCUGUAUAUUUCAAAUUGUCCAACACUCUGCUGCUCAUAUCCUAUUACACUCAGCUAUCACUGCUCACUGGAUUGUGCUCAAGUCUCUGGAAUGUGGCUGGAGCCUACAACCUUCUGAUUUAGAGGCAAGAUUAUCAACUGGCAAGCUUUAAGAACAUUGGGUAGUGAGGAAGAGUCACCCAAUCAACUCCCUUUCAGAGACUAUGAACAAUAUUUUAGAUUCUACCCCAUCCAUUGGGUUCCCACAAGAGGAGUUCUGAAAGGUUUCUUUCUACGUCUCAAAGUUAUAUCAAGCAAAACUUCUAAAUUAUUGGUCUAAUCUUAUAUCCUAUCUUAUAAUUUCUUGACCAAUUGCCUUCCUUGUCAAGCAUUUCUUUAUUUCCAUGAAAGCAUUAUAUUCCAGGCACACCUAGCUCUAUCUUAUCUUUCUAACCCUUAGUUUUCAUUUCAAGCAUUUCUCCAACCCAUUUUAUAAUUAUUAAUUAAGCUGUGCAACUUUGUUCAUACAAUCAUUGAAUGAUACAGCACAGAAAGCUACUAUUUGGCCCAUCAUUCCUGCACUGGCUUUGUCAAGCUGUCCAAUUAGUCCCAUUCACCCGCCUUUUCCCCAGAGCCCUGUAAAUGUUAACAAUUUUUCUAUGAUUUAUAGUGUACAACCCGAUACCCAAGAAGCCCUCAGUGCAUAGCAAAAAGUUUUUCCAUUUAUUGAGUACCACAAUUACCUGUGUUAUAAAUAAGGUACACAAGUAGGAGGGGUUGUUGCCUCAUGAGUCAAACCUCUAUCUCCCCCCUCAUGUCUCCUCAUUAAAUCUGUGUUUAUGUCUCAGUGAAGUUACUUCAGCUCAUCAGUGAAUGCCAUAAGUUACUGAGCUGCUGAAGUCAUGACCUCCCUUGCCUGUCAAACCUGUGAUGUCAUAGAGGUCAGCAUGUCAGUUUGACCUCUUGCCUCUGCAAGCGAGCUCAAAGGUCACCUGAUGUCAUCCAUGGAGACGUUAAAAUAAAGUUUUCAAAGCUCGAUAUAACACAUACCACGCAGAGUAAAAGCAAAUAUGCAGUAAAACUAGAUAACAUGGAUUGUAAAAAUACAAGCAGUUAAGGAAUUAAUUUGUACAUGGAGUAAUCUCAAUGUUUAGAUAUAUCUCUUGAGCUGCUAGGGCAAACUCCACUAGGCCUGAGGUGGGCUUGGGACCAAGAUAAUGCAAAUUUUCUUACAUCAUUGCUGCUUUAUCAUUUAGCUCUUUACAAUCUAAUUCUCUGUCAAACUCUACUGCACUAUAAUCCCAGAAGGAAAAAACAGUUUGGACCAGCAUUCUUAUUCCCCAGAUUGUACUGGUGUUCCAUUUUAAGGUAUACAAGACCAGUCCAGACCAAUAUUCUUAUUUCCCAGUUUUUACAGUUUUUUCAUUCUGGGAUCUUUUUGGGGGAUUCCCAGAAACAAAAAGGCAUGACUUUUGCCAACAUUUUGAAACAUUUCUUCCAAGGUUAUGUCUAUAAAUGGCCACAAGGUGCAUGAUGCCUGCAGAAACUUCAUAAUUGCAAAUUAUUACAGCACAGGUAUGAACUGGUUUACUCAUAAGGCUAAUACCUCAAAAAAAAUUGGGGAAAAAAACAUGGCUAUGCACCAUGUCCGGAGACACAUUUUUGACAGAGUUAGGUUAUAAACUAGGGAAAACAAUCGGUGAGGGCAGUUAUUCUAAAGUGAAAGUAGGGAGUUCCAAGAAAUACAGGGAGAAUGUUGCCAUAAAGGUAGUAGACAGGAAGAAGGCACCACCAGACUUUGUCAAUAAGUUUCUGCCAAGGGAGUUGGCCAUCUUGAGAGGAAUCAAACACCCUCAUAUUGUUCAGGUUUAUGAAUUCAUUGAGGUUUGCAAUGGGAAGCUUUACAUUGUUAUGGAGCAAGCAGCAACGGAUCUUCUCCAGCUGAUUCAACACAGGGGCCACAUCCCAUGCAAUGAAGCCCGUCAUUUAUUCACUCAGAUCGCCUGUGCUGUCAAAUACCUUCACGAGCACGACAUUGUCCACCGGGACCUCAAGUGCGAAAACAUCCUGUUGACUGAAGAAAUGCAGGUAAAGAUCACUGAUUUUGGAUUUGGCAAGAAGAUCCAUGGCUAUCCUGACCUCAGCAGCACUUACUGUGGUUCUGCUGCCUAUGCCCCUCCCGAGGUCCUCAUGGGGGUUCCCUAUGACCCCAAAAAGUAUGACAUUUGGAGCCUGGGGAUCAUCCUUUAUGUGAUAGUGACUGGGUGCAUGCCCUUUGAUGAUUCAAACAUCAGUAAGUUACCCAAGAGCCAGCAGAAAGGAGUGGUCUACCCAGACAGCAUUCAACUGGAGGAAAAAUGCCAAUCUUUGAUUAGAGAACUGUUGCAGUUCUGCCCCUCAGGACGACCAGCUGCCAGCCAGAUUGUCAAGCACGUAUGGCUUAGAGACAACAAGUAGAAUGACCCAGAAACCCUGUGGGGCAUGAACAUUAGUUUCUUCAUAGUGUUACCAUAAUGAGUGUAAGGACGUUUCUAAAACCAUUCGCAAUUAAAGCUUUGAAAGGCACACACACUUUUUCCAGUCACUAUUGAAGUUUUGAUCAAAGGAGAUUCUACCCAGUGAAUUGUGCCUGAGGGAAAACCAAUUUUCCUGUUGUCACUUAAAACCCUACUACCAUCUUCACUGAAGUACUUGGCAGUUUGGAAAGAGCAGCCUUAUUACAGAUUAAAAGUCUGAACCAUAAGAUUAUGAAGGAGCUUAAUAUGAUAGACAGAUGUUUCCACUUCUGAACAAAAUCAGAAUUAGGGGAUCAUAAAUAUAGGAUAGUCACAAAUAAAUCCAAUCGGAAAUUCAGGAGGAACCUCAUUGCCCAGAGAGUGGUGAGAAUUUGGAACUCACUACCAAAGGUUGAGGCGAAUAGUAUAGACACAUUUCAGGGGAAGAUAGAUAAACAUAUGAAGGAGAAAAAAAUAGGAUUUUUAAAAUUUGUUCUUGGGAUGAGUUUCUCUGGCAGGGCCAGCAUUUAUUGUCCACCCCUAAUUGCCCUUGAGAAGGUGGCGGUGACCUGCCUUCUUGAAUGGCUG